UUUAGACCCAAAGAUAAUUAAUAGUUUUAGCUUUGACUAGAAUUUAUCUAUCUAGCGAGAACGAGAAAGACGUGGUUCUUGUGUUAUUCUUCCGGAGGCAAAACCUAACAAAAGAGGAUCACCUUCGUUAUUCAACCAUGGCGGAUAACAGUAACACUGCGGCGGUACAAGCUACCAAUGAUGACGCUUCCGCCAGCAAAUUGUCAUGUGUGAAAAAGGGAUACAUGAAAGAUGAUUACAUUCAUUUGUUUGUGAGAAGGCCUGUAAGGAGAUCUCCAAUUAUUAAUCGUGGUUACUUUGCUCGUUGGGCCGCUCUUCGGAAACUUCUCUACCAGUUUCUUGAUGUUGAGAAAAAAACUGAUGAAAAUGGUCCAACGAAGACGCAAAUAUUAUCACUUGGAGCAGGCUUUGAUACAACAUAUUUUCAGUUGCAGGAUGAGGGGAAAGCACCGCAUUUAUACGUGGAAGUAGACUUUAAGGAGGUAACAAGUAAAAAGGCUGCACUUAUUGAGACUUGCAGUCAACUGAAGGAUAAGCUUGGUGAAACAGCUUCCAUUUCACGAGAGAAAGGAGAAGUGGUCAGUGCUCAUUAUAAACUAGUCCCUGCAGAUUUGCGUGAUGUAAAACAGUUAAAUGAUAUUAUAACCAUUACUGAGAUGGAUCCAAGCCUGCCAACUUUUAUAAUUGCAGAAUGUGUUCUGAUUUACUUGGAUCCAGAUUCAAGUUGUCAAGUUGUUGGUUGGGCCUGCCAAACAUUUUCAACAGCAAUAUUUUUUCUUUAUGAGCAGAUCCAUCCAGAUGAUGCUUUUGGCCAGCAGAUGAUCAGAAAUUUGGAGUGUCGAGGUUGUCCUCUGUUGGCCAUUUAUGCUACACCAACUUUACUUGCAAAGGAAAAAUUAUUUCUGGCCCAAGGAUGGCAGAAGUCUGUUGCAUGGGACAUGCUGAGAGUUUAUAAUGAUUUUGUUGAUGCUCAAGAAAGACGCAGGAUUGAACGCCUGGAAUUGUUUGAUGAAUUUGAAGAGUGGUACAUGAUGCAGGAGCACUACUGUGUGGCUUAUGCAAUCAAUGAUGCUAUGGGUCUUUUUGGGGAUUUUGGUUUUGUUAAUAACACAAGUGUGCUACCUUCCUCAUGAAGAACGAGGAUACACUCCCAUAGAAUAUAUUUUAUACUAUAUUUAUCUUCCCAAUUGCAGUCUGUGGUUGUAAGUUGUAACUGUGAUUAAUCCAGGAAGUAGUAAUGUUGGCAUGUGCCAGCUCAUUCUGCUGAGAAUGUUGUCUGUUAAAAAGGUUUCUCAAAAACUCGUUACAUAUUGUAUCAGAAUUUAGCCAAAUGGAUUAUUAGUUUUGUGUGUAUGGACUGUGAACUACUCCUUUGUGUAUUGUUUGUUUCCCACAAAGCAAAAAUACAUUGCCUUUUUUCUGCUA